CUUGAAAUGUCGCUUAGACGCCAGAUGAAUGAUUUUUGCGUGGAAGGUGAAAUGAAGAGACGCGUUAGUGUUCAGUUUGACCGGCAGUGUGUGUGACUGAACUCUCUGACACGGUUUUAAACGUAACCCGCAACAUAACCGGCACGUUUAUGUAAAGAAAGUCCACUUUAACAGCUAUUUGUUAAUUUGGCGUCGUGUAUUGAUAGUGUAGGCUAACAUAAAGACCGUGACUCGGUAUAAAUCUGGAUGCUGUUAAGACAUUUUAAGCAGAGACAGACUUGGAAGCGAAGUCUUGGGAGUCGUAGUUUUUUAGGUUUAGGAAAGGAUGAAGUCUAAAAUAUCUGUCUGGAAAACGAAUUGAGUGUUUUUAUACGAAUCGUUUUAAUCGUGGCGGAGGAAACAUUUCCUCUUACUUUCCUUUAGCUCGAUGUUGAAGUGUGGAAACAAACUGCCUCAAAUGUUACGUUAGAAACACCUCAGCCAUUCCAAAGGGGUCUUGGAAACAGUUUAUUUGCCAAGUCAAGUUUAUUUGGCAAAUAUAGCAACCCACUCAGAGCACAGACUUAGCUUUAGAUCAAGAAAUCCUCUCACACAGCUGUGGUUUCGCUAGCCGGUGUGCUAGCCGCCUCCUCAGCUCUCAGAAAUGUCGAGUAUCUCCAACGAAGCUGUGAUCUUGAUUAAAGAUGUAAAGCCCGGAUCGAAAAACCUUAAUAUCGUCUUUAUAGUUUUGGAGAUCGGUCGGGUGACGAAGACAAAGGACGGGCACGAGGUGCGCUCGUGCAGGGUGGCGGAUAAGAGCNAACAAACAACCAUCUCUGUGUGGGAUGAGCUGGGCAGCCUCGUCCAGCCCGGGGACAUCAUCCGCCUUACGAGAGGGUAUGCGUCAAUCUGGAAGGGGUGCCUUACACUGUACACUGGAAGAGGAGGAGACUUACAGAAAAUAGGAGAGUUCUGUAUGGUGUAUUCUGAGGUUCCUAAUUUCAGUGAACCAAAUCCAGAGCUGCUAGCACAAGCUAUCCAGCAGAACAAGACGGGUAAAGAACAGCGGGGAAAUUCUCCACCAAAUCAAAAUGCAGGUACUCCUGCGCAGACAGGAAAUGGUACUGUGCCAGUAUUUCCCAAUAACAGUGCUGCACCUGUGCCUCGGGAUCCCAAUUUUGGGGCUCCAGGAAGACCAAAUGGGCGUGUUCCAGGCAAUGGACCACCCCCAGUAACUGCAGGGGGACCCCCUGCUCCACCCAAACCCACAGUUACCAUUAGCAAUGGCAGGGACCCAAGAAGGGCUUCAAAGAGAUGAGACUGCAAAACCAUUUCCAUGUUCCCACUCCUCCCUAAAAUCCCUCCACAAACCAUACAUGCAAUACGCAAAACAAUACUGCCAAUCAAGAGAUACGAGGUUCAGCUACUGUUUUACCACCUGUGCUUUUUGCUUUGUCAUUCGCCAAUAUUUGCGUAGUAUGAUUUUAUCAUGAGAGGUUAGAAUUCAAAUUGUUAGUUAAUGGUUGGCACACACUUUGCCCAUUGAGUGCUGGUUCAGUGGCCCACUGUUUAUUUCCUUUCCCUAAAUGUGUUGAACUAUACACCCUACUUGAACACUCAAUGCACUUUCUUCUGUUAAUUUAUAGUGAAUGCAUUGUCAUGUGAUUCAGGAAUGAUUAACUGCUGUUGCAAAUUGGGGAGUGAACUUCAAAGUGACUGAUUGAUUAUAUGGGUUCCCCACCCCUUUGGCCAAAAAAAUUUACCAGAAGUGACCGUGUGAAAGGAACGGUGAUAGUUUGAUUGAACGCUUAGGAUUAUUUAAUUAGGAAUAAAUCAAGAACAAAAUAUUGGGACAUUAA